UUAACUUUAUUUUCCUCAUAGCCGGUUUCUUAUACGAACCGGACCAUAACAAUGAAAGCGGUAGUCCUAACGAUAUUAACUAUCGCGUUUGUGUUGCUGUUGGGUGAAGCCAAUGCAAAAGGAAAGAUUCCAAAAAAACGAAAUGUAGUUGUAACAAAUAAUCCAGAUUGUACAAAUAUCGCAAAUGAAUUAAUCGAUAAAGGUGGAAAUGCACGGGAAGUAUUCAUAGCUGUUUCAUUAUGUGAAGGUCUUGUUCAUCCUAUGGAUUCUGGAGUGGGUGGUGGAUUCCAGGCUGUAUAUUACAGUAAAAAUAAUGGAACAAAAACAGCAUUGUAUAUUAACUCUAGAGAACAAUCUCCAAGUAAUGCUUCAUUUGCGGAUUACGAGUUAAUCGAAGGGAAUUCAAUUGGAAUUCCAAGUGUGUUGAAAGGCUACGAAACAUUAUAUAACAUAGAUAAAGACAAAAAUAAACUAAAAUGGAGUGAAAUAAUUGCGCCAGUUAUCGAAUUAUGUGAUAAAGGCUUCCAAAUGUCUCGUACAGUUCGAAAUAUGUUUGAAGAAUAUAAUAAAUAUCGACAUUACGAUCAAAAAAUUGAAAUUAAUAUGGAAAAAAAUGAAUUAAAGAAUCCAUUGUUCUGCACUAUGUUACGGCAAAUUAGUGAAGAUGGACCAUCAUCGUCGAUGUAUAAAAAAGGUGGUAAAUUACAUAAAAUGGUGAUGCAAGAUUUAAGUGAAACUACUUCAUUUAUCACAUCGACGGAUAUUCAAAAUUAUAAAGUUACAGUACAGGAACCUGCAACAGGAACAUUUGGCAAGUAUACAGUUUACACAACAAGAGUUCCAGGAAGUGGUUACACCGUAUUAUUAGCAUUAAAAAUGAUGGAACGAGUAAAGGCUUUAAUGAAAAAUGAUGCAACACCAGCUGAAAAAAUUGUAUAUUUAUUAAAAAUCCUCAAAUAUGUUUAUGCUUUAAAACCACAUUUACCAGAAUUAAAAAAUUCAACAAUUGAUAAAAUCCUUAAAGCAGGAAAAACUUUAGGAUCAGGAAUUGUUAAAAAUGGUAUAGACAUCAAAUCAACGAUCCCAAGUCGAUUUGGUGAUGUGAUUUUAGCCAAAAUGGUAUCACCACUACAUUUUGGUACCACAAAUGUAGUUAUAAAAGUUGGCCAUACUGCGAUUUCUGCCACAAGUACAAUAAACCAUACUUUCGGUUCUGGUAUUUUAUCAAAAACGAUGGGAUUCUUUUAUAAUAAUCAAAUGCGUGAUUUUAGUCAUCCAAAUUGGAGGCGUAAAGGGAAACCUUUGCGUAACGCGCCAGGACCAAAUAAAGUACCAACUUCAGCGAUUUCUGCAACAAUAAUGGUUGAUCCAGAUGGUGUACCCGUUUUCCAAAUUGGAGCCGCAGGCGGGAGUAAAAUUUUAAGUGCAAUUGUUAAUACAUUAUAUAAUUAUUUUGUAUUGAAUAAAUCGUUAGAAGCUUCGUUAGAUUCGUGCCGAUUUACGCCCAAAUUAAAUCAGGCUAAAAAUGAAGUAAAAUAUAUGUAUGAGUGCAUUGACGAUGAAAAUGUAGCAAAGCAAUUACGCGAAAAAGGUAUUAAUUUUGUUGAAGUUGUUGAGUCUGGAUAUUCAGCAGCGACUGCAUUGUCGCAAAUUCGUUCGAGAACGGAAGGUGUAUUCGAUAAACGACGAGGUGGUUCCGCAUUAUUAAGUUAAUUAUAACUUUGUUUAGUACAAAUGAAUCUUCUUGAAUAUACAGAACUGUGUUCAUUAUGGCACGUUUUGUAAUUAACCAAUCAAAAAAUAACUUAAGCAAAGGUUGAAAAAGUAUUCAACUUUGGUUUAAGUUAUUUUUUGAUUGAUUAAUUACAAGACGAGCUAUUAUUCGUAAUAGAUUAAGAUGGCCCAUCCUGUAUGAUGUUACUUAAUUUACCUCAUUUUAUAUGUUCUUCUAUUUCUACUUAUGUUUCUGAUACGUAAGUCGUUAACGUAUUUUGAUCAUAACGUCAGCGAAGUUUACCAUUAGAAUGUCUCUUUAUCGGUUUAAUUAUAUUACAAGUAGAUGAGAUUAUUAUUUUUUUAAUUUAUUUAUUUAUCGUCGACUUAUAAUGAAAACAAAAUAUUUCUAAAACCAUUUUUUGAAUAGAAAUACGUGGUUUUCUAAACAAUAAUGCAAUGAAAAAAGGUUUCUGAAAUGCAAAGUUUUCAUUUUACGAUUACUCAAAUUGUUUUAAAUGCAUUCUUAGAAAAAUAUCUACGAUUCUUUCUAACUA